AUGGCGGCCUCGGAGGCGGCGGCGGGGCCCGCGCCCGCGGCUCCGGGGGGCCCGGCCGUGCCGGCGGCCGCCGCGUCGGGCCCGUGGGCGCCGCCGGGGCGGCUGCGGGGCGCCCGGCCGCGGCCCCCGCCGGCCGCGCCGCCGGCCGCGCGCGAGCUGAUCCAGCCGUCGGUGAGCGAGCUGUCGCGCGCCGUGCGCACCAACAUCCUGUGCACGGUGCGCGGCUGCGGCAAGGUGCUGCCCAACGGGCCGGCGCUCAACAUGCACCUGGUCAAGAGCCACCGCCUGCAGGACGGCAUAGUCAAUCCAACAGUCAGGAAAGAUUUGAAAACAACACCGAAAUUCUACUGCUGCCCAAUCGAAGGGUGCCCGCGGGGGCCUGACAGACCGUUUUCUCAAUUUUCCCUCGUCAAGCAGCACUUCAUGAAGAUGCACGCCGAGAAGAAGCACAAGUGCAGCAAGUGCAGCAACUCCUACGGCACCGAGUGGGACCUGCGGCGCCACGCCGAGGACUGCGGCAAGACCUUCCAGUGCACGUGCGGCUGCCCCUACGCCAGCAGGACCGCCCUGCAGUCCCACGCCUACCGCACGGGCCACGAGAUCCCCGCGGAGCACAGGGAUCCUCCCAGCAAGAAAAGGAAAAUGGAAAGCUGCCUCCACAACCGGAAGCUGCCCGGCAAGAGCACUGAGUCGCCGAGCAGCCAGCCGAGCCCAGGAGCGGAUACUCAGGAACUCAACGCGUCAGAAAUCAAGCUCGUGGCCGCGCUGGCCGGCGCGGGCGGCUCGGCCUCCAGCGGGCAGAUCCUGGCGGCCGCCCCGAGGUGCCCACAGAAGCUGCUGCUCCCCAAGCCCAGGGUGGCCGUGGUCAGGGUCCCCGUGAUGCAGCUCUCCCCCGUGCCCGUGCUCGUGCCCGCAGCCGACUCCUCGGCGCCCCCGGUGCUGCUGGGCCUGGACCACCAGGGCGCGGCGCCGGGGGCCCUGCACCUCCUGCCCCUGUCCAUCGGGACGCUGGUCCUCGGCCUGGACCCCGAGGCCUCUCUCAAGGACAGCCUCCCCCUCUCCAAGCUGGUGGAGCCCGUCAGCACGGGCGUGCAGGUGGACCUGGGCAGGCCAGCGGCCGCCCCCUCCCAGCAGCCCGGGGACGCCUGUCAGAAGAGCAGCGACGUGCAGGCCGACGCGUCCUGUGCCUCACAGCACUUCCUACCUUCCGCCCCGUGGGCCGGCCCCGACGCCUGCGUGUCGGCGUGUGCGCAGACGGACCUGACCUUCGGCUCCCAGGUCUCCCUGCCCGUGAGUGUUCAGACCCAGACGCGGGCGCCCGGCAGCAAGGCAACCUCCAGCAUCGCUGCCCAGACGGACGCGUUCCUCGAUGUCCCUUUCCAGCCCGCUGGGGUCUCCAGGGAAACGCAGACCAGCGCGGUGCAGAGCCCGGCGGAGGAGCGUGUCCACAUGGACCAGGCGGUGAUGUGCGGGGACAUCUUUGAGCCCGUCCACCCUCCCUAUGACGUCUCCGCAGACGGCAUCAUCGGCAGCAGCUUAGUAGCAGAGACGGUCGCCCGGGAUUUGUUACCUCAGGACCAGCCAAAGGCUUUGGACGUGGAGAAACCCGCACCCAUCAUGGCUUUCGGCGCACAGAACAGUAUCCUCCCCUCACAGAACAUGACGGACAACCAGACCCAGACCAUCGAUCUGUUGAGCGACUUGGAAAAUAUCUUAUCGAGCAACCUGCCCGCGCAGCCCCUGGACAAUCGGAGUCUCUUGUCCGAGGCCAACCCCGGGCCCGACAGCCAGCUCCCAGCCGGCCCGGCCCCGAACCCUGCCAUCGAUUUUGAUAUCGAAGAGUUCUUCUCGGCCUCCAACAUCCAGACACAGACCGAAGAGUGUGAGCUCGGCUCCGUGCCCCCGGGGCCCGGCCUGGAGUCGCUGGACAUCGAGACGCAGACCGACUUCCUGCUGGCCGACUCCGCCGCCCCGGCCUACGGCUGCAGGGCCGGCCCCGCCUUCCUGGGCCUGGAGAUGUUUGACACCCAGACCCAGACGGACCUGAACUUCUUCCUGGACUCCGGCCCUCACCUGCCCCUGGGGAGCAUCCUGAAGCACCCCAGCUUCUCCGUGAGCACAGACUCGUCGGACACGGAGACCCAGACGGAAGGGCUGCUGGCGGCCAAGGGCGCACCGGCGCUCGAGGGCAAAGUCCGGCUGAGCAGCACAGAAACACAGACCGUGAGCUCUGGCCUAGACACGCUGGGCAGCUUGUUCUUCACCAGCAACGAGACGCAGACGGCGAUGGACGACUUCCUGCUGGCCGACCUGGCCUGGAACACGAUGGAGUCUCAGUUCAGCUCCGUGGAGACCCAGACGUGUGCGGAACUGCACUCGGUCUCCGACUUCUGACAGGACGGUGCCCCGAGGGACAGCGUCCGGCUCCCGCAGGGGGCCUCGGUGUUAAACUCUUAAGUCGGCCGUGACGCGGGCGCUUCCGCUCCUAACAGUUCUUUGCCUUUCGUACUUGUGAACAUGGAAUUUGUGUGUAAAUGUGAGUGUAUUACGAAGUGUACUAAGUUGACCUAAAAAUGACUGUCUACGUGUUGCCGUGUUUGCCCUCUCACUGCUUGUCUUCCCACCUCAGAAAUACCUUAGGUCUUAGCCGGGGCCAGGCACACCAGUGGCGGAGGCCCCUCAGCCCUUCCGGCCCCUUCCGUCCAGGCGUCCUGUCGGAAGCUGCUGUCUCUGAGGGUGACAGUGCACGAGGCUGCACCCCCAGGCCCCGGGGCUCAUGCUCGCCCGCAGGCUCCUCUGCUUUGACCUCACUCUUCGGGACUUGCCCUUUAGCGACAGUUCUCGUGUGCCCAGAUCCACCCCGUCUCCGCACUGCCCUCCCUGGGACCACUGUGCACGUCCUGCUUCCUCCCAGGGAGCCGUGUCGCUGUAAAUUCCUGCUUCGAGCAAUGGCAGCAAGCGCUGGUGUCUACCGUGACCCCUCGAGCCUCGCCAGCAGUAAGCACCCGGCCCCGCCCCAACUCGAGGCAGGGAGGCGUAGAGGCGGGCCUGGCGGUGCCCCCUGCACAGCGCCUGAAGUGCCCCCACCGGCCACAUCCGAGUCCUGUUGCUCUAAAUGUCUUUGAAGCUAGCCCAAAGGACGUUCCCCCUAAAUGCCACUACACCUGUAAUAAGCUUGAUAGGGCAAAAGUGCAGUAUAGUUUCGUGUUUAGUAUACGUAGUUGUUCUCAAGUGACUCCUCUCCUCAUCCAUCUCUUUCCUUGAAUCCAGACAGGUGUCGGUCUCACAAGGAUAUUUGUGCCUUGAGGAUAGCACAGAGUAGCUCAUUCUGAAAGGGGAGUUUGCGUCUGGUUCACUUGGUGUAGCAAGGGUAGAACCAAACGGUCGUCUUCAAACGAGACGAAGGUGCCGUCUCCGGGGCGCUCCUGUGCCAGGAAUUCCCGGUUACGGUCCAGCCUUCAGGAAAGUAAGAUCCCGUGCAGCCUGGAAGGCUUUCUGCGUUCCUUCCCCUGUUGCUGAAGGCUAACGCCUCAAAAUAAACUCUCGGGGCAGAGCUCCUCGGUGGUCCACGUGGAAUCCCCCGUGUUGCUAUUCAGUCUCCAGAAAAUCACCUCGAGUGGGAAUGUCAUAUUCUGGGGAGAUAAACACUACCUGGUAGACAAAUGUGUGCUUGUUUGCUUCGGCCACAGUUGUUACAAAUUUGGGUUUCAAAACAAGCAUUAAGCCUUAACUUAGAAUUUUAUUGUUUUAGAACUGUCACUGCCUUAAUGUUACAUUAUCUAUUUAAGCCCUCCUGGGGAAGGAGAAAUGCAUGUUUGUUCAUGGCUUUUUGUAAAUAUAAAUGCAGUACUCUGUUGCUUUAAUUUUUGUUGUUGUUUCUGUGAUGUUGGUUAAUCAGGCCAAUAGUUAUUUACAGAAAAAAAUAAAGCAUGUAAUAAUUCUUUAUGUACAUGUAAAAACUGUUUCCCCACCAAACCUUGGUUAUCUGAAUUGUUCUAAGAUUAUUUGUAAGCUCUGAAAUUUAGUGAUUAAACAGAAGAGAGAAUUCUG